AUGGAUAAGAUUACUGAUAGCAAUGUUGAGUCUUUGCUUGUUGAUUGGACCAAACUUACAGCAUUGAUCAAUGCUCAUCAACAACAACAUAAAGUCAAAGAACAUAUACAACUUUGUUUCAUAUCUUAUGUCAAUCGAUUGUCAUCAGCAAAGAGUGGCGUUGGAAAGUCAUUGUCUGAAACAAGCGAUAAGAUACAUGGUUCAUUGGAGACUACAUUUGCACAGAACAAGCAGCAGGCAUCGGGCAAUCUUUAUGCCAGUGGAUUGGACCUGUUGGUACGAUGCUCAAUGAUAUUGCUCGACAAACUGAAUGAAUAUCCAGUGACCAAAGCCAAUGACAUGAUAUUCAAACGAUGGUUUAAUCUGGUGAACAUUCUUACCGAGUGCAAUCAGGCCACCGUUGCACUGGAGUUUGGUGAGCGACUUCAUGCCUCCCUGACUCAAUGCGAGCAGACGCAUCCCAAUGCCAAAGAUCCAGAGUUCUACCAGCGAAUGAUCGAGAGACUCGACAGGGCCAUGUCCUACAUCAGGAUGAACAACUAUCAUGAUCAGAUUAUGACAUUCACUGCCAAGAGGAUCAACGAGAUCCUAAGCCAAUGGCUUCGAGUCAAGUUUGAACAAGGCAAGCCCAACCUCAACGACUACUUAUUCCCAAAGUAUUACAAUCGUUUAGUGAGUUUGGAUCCCAAAGAAAUUACUGGAAAGGAAGAGAUAUAUCUACAGUUUGUUCAUUUCACAUUCAUGUUGUUGGCACGAUCUAAUCAGGCAUUAUUGUUCUCAAACAAGGCCUAUCAAUUCCAUCGAAGGACAACGAGGAUAAUCACACCACUGGGGUUGGUUGGACCGACCCUAGACUGCUUCAAUGCCAUCGCCAACAGGGAGGCAACAACAACAUCCACACCACCAUCCAAAGAUGUUGCCAACAUGCCCCUCGACAUCACCAACCUCAUCUGGAUGCAUGUCCAAUCAAACUUCUACAUUACCAAUGGUACCAAUAAUCCAAGGUAUUAUGACAACGCUAUCCAAUUGCUGGAGAGGAUGCACAUCGACUUGGUGACCAUCCAGCAACAACAACAGUCGUCCACACUGCGGAAGAUACAGUUGGACUUUAUAAUCUUGCAGCUGAGUGGUCUGGUUGGCCAAUGUGACAUAGCAAUGGCACAGUUGUCAAAGUCAUUGACAGGAUCAUCAACGAUUGAGCAGAGAGUAUUGACAUUGCUCAAGCAGAUUGGUCAGAUGUAUGGAGCAAAGGGCAUUGAUCAGCUGGUGUUCCAGGCCUUCGCCGGCGACGAUCCCAAGGCAAUUGAGUUAAAGAGCGAGCUACUGCGUUGUAUCAGAUGGACCGUGGAGUAUACACAACACUGUAUACAAUCACUCCUCCAACUCGAUACCAAGCUCUGGACCAACCUGGCGCCAUCACUGAGCAUCCUCCUUAAGUUGCCCACACAUCUCAUCAACUGGAUCCGAUCCUUUGAGUGUAUUGAGGCCAACCUGUCCAAGAGAUACUUGGAUGACAUGAUACAGAUGAAUGUGAGGACAUUGUGUAGCUAUAUUGCGACAGAGAAGCUUGCAAGAUGCCCUAGCAUUAUGGAAUCUAUGUUGGAAAUGGUGGACUAUUAUGGAGACAUGGCUUGUAGCAAGACCAUCAUAUCGGAUGAUAUUGUGCGACUGCUACAUAUAAUGGGCGGACACCUGUCAAAGGAUCAGCAUACGGCUGAGCAAGCGAUAGGCUACUUGGAGAAGGGAUACCUGGCCUCGAGACUGACGCCAAGCACCGCCGACAACUAUGCUAAAUUGCUGCGGCAGGUCUACCAUCUGAUGCGAUUGUACGCCAAGCAUGGACAUCGUCGCAAGGCCAUCGAGUACACCAGCGAUGCACUCCAGUAUCUGGUCGCGUCGACUGAUGCCGCCGACAUGUUCACGCCACAGAAUCCCUCAGUCAAUCGCGAGGAUGCCCAGGUCACGCUGCCCCUGAUCCUCAAGCACUUCAUCCAGUGUCAGGUGGCGCUGUCGGGCGACGAGCAACUGGACACGAUACCCUUCUUACCCGACCUAUUGCCAGAAGACUUUGACGUCGAGUCUCGCGUGCACCUCUACGACCAGUGCAUCGUCACGUACAACACACUCAAGGUCAACGAUGACAUCAAGCUCGAGGGCAUCAAUCGCAUCCUGGCCACACUGUCCGACGACACCCAUCCCAUCCUCUUGGGCAAGUACAUGGUGGAGAAGGCCAAGCUGCUGCGACUGGUCGACUGCACACAGGAGGACAAGGAGGCCAUCAGCAACGAGAUCGAGCAGCUGUUCCAGGACGCAGUCGACAUGCUCAGCAAGCACAAGCAAGCCCCGAUGGACCUGGCCAACGACAACGUGCUCGAGUUGGCCAUCGACAACGAGCUGGCCAAGGCUAAUUUCUGGAAGGCCGUGGCAUUCAUCGAGCGACAUCAGAACAACUAUAGCACAGAGCUGUUACAACAAGGCAUGCGAUCACUUGACACCAACACUGGCGAGGAGGAUAUAUACGAGAGCAGCGAGGGCAGUAGCCAGGUCGCGCGUUACAUCAAUGCCGAACGCCAUCGCUACUGCCCACCCGUGGGCACCGAAUACGUGGGCCAAAAGCUGAAGCAAUCGAUCAGGCAAUGGUGUAUCAUCCUGGAGAGGCUCCAGAAGCCAAGCAAUGACCAAGCUACGGACGACACAGCAGUGUACGCUGCCAACUCCAAGCACUUCAUCACACCACUGGCGACGAUCAGAAUUCUUCAGACUAUUGCGGACAUUUACGAGUUUGAGGGCGAUCUCACCAUGGCCAUCUUUGUGAUCAAGCUCUCAUUGUCCCUGCUCAGAUGUCUGUUCCCCGCAACAAACGAGCACUUUGCCAACGAGUCGGCCAAGUGUUACAGCCACCUCUGUACCAUAUACUCUGAGCUCGAGUCACAUGACAAGAUGAAGCUAACAAUCCAACUACUCCAAUCGACCCUCAGCCAAAUGUCCGACCAGCACAUUGACAAGGCCAACCAUCUGCUCAUGCUCCAAAUCCAUCAGCUGGACUUGCAGCUACACACCAGUUCAAGUCAAUCAUGCCACGACCAAAUACUGGACUUGUACAUAAGUUGUAAGAACAAGAUGAAGGAGAGCCAUAAGUUGGUGGACUACCCGGCAUAUAUCAAGCUCACUCGAUUGGCAUCAAUUGUACAUUUGGAGCGAGGCAACUCAAACAUGGCAUUGAAGCUCUCCAACGAUAUGUUGAGUUAUAUCCAGACACUCAUACCAACUGAGUCCAGACUCACACUACGUCAAUCCAACACUUCAUUCUCAUCAAGUACCAGCAGUUCAUCAUCGUCAUCAUCAUCACGAUCCAGUAGCAGUAGUUCAAGCUCAUCAUCAUCAUCAUCGUCAUCGUCACAAGAGGAAAAGAUGUCCAUUGCAAAUCAAGGUCGUAUAUCCAAAUGGGGAUGUCUAAGUAUAUGCUUGGACUCACUUCUUCACCUUGCCUCUAUAUACGAGCUCAGAGGCAGACCCAAGGAAGCCCACUACUACUAUGAACGUGGUCUUCUCAUUGGAACAGUUUAUGGAUCACUCAAGGUUAGUUGUGAGUUCCUGAUUGAACUUGGAGAGCUAUGCUUCAAUCGCCAUAACUAUACGGACUCAAAGAUCAAUUUGGAACAAGCUAUUGGGUUGGUUGACAAGUAUGCACCGAAUGAACCCAGACUCCAAAAGGUGUACUUGAUCGCCAACAUGCUACUGGGCGAUCUCUACCGUCGCCAGAACAUCACCUCUCAGUCCAUGCACCUCUAUCGAAAGUGCCUCAGUUCGAUUGACCAGUUCACCCAGUCUGAGCAGCUGAUGGAGCAGUUCAUGGAGACACUGACCUUUGCCAACGACUCGACGCCCAAGGAGAAGCGCAUCCUCAAGCUCACUGCCGCCACCAAGAGCGCUGUCCCCAAGUCAAAGACAGCGACUACCAAGGGCGUGAGCAGCUCACGAUCAACAGCAACUGCAGGCAAAGCAGAGGGUAACCUCGAGUCCCUCAUUGACAUGUUGUCCGGGUGCACACUCUCUGGCACGCCCAAGGACGAGCAGUCCAAGCUGAACGUGGAGGUAUCACUCAAUGCAAUACGUUCGAGAAUCAUUGGCAAGCAGGCAAAGAUCAUGAUCAUCAAGAGCAGACAUGACCAGGCCAUCGAGACACUGGAGCAGCUGAUCGACGACUAUGAAGUGCUGGACUCGCGUCCAUCAAGCAUCAUCACAUUGUCACUUCUCCAACUACACCUCGGUCGUGCGUACUACCUCAAGGCGCCAGAGUCCAGCAGGGAGGCCAUCUGGAAGCACUAUUACACGCCAAAGGCUAUGCAGCCAGACAAGUUCAUUCUAAAGGCGCGAGAACUAUUCCUGGCAUCACUAAGACAGUGUGGCAAGUACAACAUCAUCAAGCUGUCCUCAUUGCUCUGUCGCCACCUGGCCUUCACCACUGGACAGUCGCUGCCCUAUGCCACCAUCCACUUCCUCAACCUCUCGCUUGGCAUCAGGUUCAAGCAUGAUAUACAGACGAUCGUACAACAGCAGGACAAGGACAUGGUGGACGAUGGCAACAUGCUAUUGAAGCAGAAGUUGUUCAGUUGGGAUGGUGGCGUGGCCAUUCCUUCGAAGCUCGAUGACAAGAUGUUCACAGCCGAGUUGACCAGAAUGUACUCUGAGCGCAUGCCCAGUGAAUGGACUGCCAGCAACAUCAUCAUUGGCAUUGAUCGCAAGUCCAUCAUUCUCACUCGACUCAUUGGUUCACAACAGCCGCUACUUAUCAAGGUUGCCAUGCCAGUCUACGAAUCAUCAAACAUGGAUGAGGAGGACCGUGAGGAGCAAGAUGAAGAGGACGACGACCAGAAUGAUCCUGAGAUUGUACUACCAUUCAUUGACAAGUUGAGGAACGAUAUGAAGAUGUUGUCAAUCGAGAACUUGAGGAACAAUCAGGAGAAUACGCCAAAGAGUCCAGAUGAUGAGACAGAGACGAUGAGACAGAAGUGGUACAAGAGGAGGAGGAAUCUCGAGUCUGAGGUAGACCAGCUACUACAAUCCCUGGAUGGAGUAUUUGGCGUGUGGAAGUCAUUGUUCAUUGGUACACUCUCGUGUGACGUGCUCAAAGAGAAGCUAGCUACACAUAUACCUGCGCUGGCGGCCGAGCUGACCGCGCUCCACCCCGAGGCCAAGAACAGGGUGGUCCCAAUCGGACUGCUAGAGAGUCUGAUCAUGUCGAUACCAUACACCAACGAAUCACAUCUACAUCAUGGAAUCAUUCAACUUCUCGGCUACUCAUACAUGGAUGGCGUGCAUCCCGCUGCAGACGACUACCUCGAGGUGUCCAGCCAGCACAACCCCGACUGGAAGAACAUCAAGAAGGCCAAGGAGCUGAUUGUCAAGUGCUUCAACGUGCUGUUCAAGACAAAGAAGACCGGCGCGCAGCUGAUCCAAGAGUCUAUCGACUACGCCAAGACCAUCCCCAAGAUGCCCGUCGUGCUGGUCAUGGACAAGAACCUGCAUCUCUUCCCCAUCGAGUCGAUGGAGCCACUUCGCGACUCGUCCGUCUACCGCCUUCCCUCGUUCUCUCUGCACCAACUGCUCACCAUGCUCAAUCGCAAGGAGACUGGUAACGACUACACGAUGGCCGACUCGAGCAGCCUGUAUUACAUCCUGAAUCCCAAGGGCGACCUGACCAAGACCGAGUCGAUGUUCUCCAAGGUGUUUGCAACACUGGCACCCGAGUGGAAGGGGCUCAAGGGCCGUCCGCCAUCAAAGAAGGAGUACCGCCACGCCCUGGAGCAGCACCAGCUGUUCCUCUACAUGGGUCACGGCUCUGGCGAACAGUACUACCCCAGCGACGACAUCCAGAAGCUGAGCAAAUGUGCCGUGUCCAUGCUGUUUGGAUGCAGGAGUGGUGGGCUGGAGGAGCAGGGCGAGUAUGAGCCGACAGGCGUCAUAUUGGACCUGUUGCUGGCGGGCAGUCGCAGCGUGGUUGGACAUCUUUGGGACAUACCAUCGAUGGACUCUGAUCGACUGGCGCAAUCAUUCAUGGACAAAUGGUUCAAAGAGAACAGGAUGAAGGUUGAGGGCAGUGAAUGCACAGACAUUGGCGAGGCCGUGGCAGUAUCGAGGAGGUCCUGCACAUGGAAGUAUCUCGUUGGGUCAAGUUGUAUCACUUAUGGUAUACCAACAUACCUAGCUCAACAACAAUAA